AUGACCGACUUCGAGACUUGGAAGACCGACGGGAAUUUCAAAGAUGUACUACGUAAGGAGAUCGACCAGGCAAACUCCACGCAUUUCACGGCCGAAAUCGAGCAGGCUGCUCCCCCGAAGCGGUUCUUAAUGCCUUCGUUUACACACUUCAAAAGGGAUUCUGAUCCCGAGAGCCACCUAAAAUACUUUAAAAGUGUCAUGAUCCUCCACAAGGCCGACGACGCGCUGAUGUGCAAGGCCAACAUUGUAGGAUGUGACGACCGAAUCACGUCAUCUGCCUUCAAGAAAGGUAUUCCAGCUGAACACGACAUGUACUGCGAGCUGACUAUCACUUCCAGCCAGACUUUGGCAGAGGUCUACACGAUCGCAGAACGCUACGCGUUCUGGGAUGACGAUCAAAUCGCCGCAAAAAAGUCUACUAAGCAGGAAGAUCAGCCGACUAAGCGGGUAGGCCAAAGAAACGAUGGAUUUAGCAAUAAGAACAAGGAUAAGCGCAGGUCACACCCACAAAGGGACGCUAAGGUAGGAGAUGACUACACCAAGUUCACCAUCCUCAUACAUCAAAUCUUAGCCCAAGUGAAAGAUAAACCCUGGGUAAAAAGGCGGCCACCGUUGAAAGGAGAUUCGGACAAGAGGGAUACUAGCAAAUACUGUGCCUUCCACAGGACGCACGGACACACUACAAACAAUUGCUUCGCUUGGAAAGCACACCUUGAAGAACUCGUGAGAGAACGUCACUGCAUGGAAUUCAUCGCGAAGCAGGCCAUCCAGCAGAUUGAAGAUCGAGACACCGCCAAGGAGCCGCCCCAGAAGGUCAUAAGGAUUAACACAAUCCUAGUCGACACCAAGGAGUCGGAGCUGACCAGCAAGGAAAAGAAGAGGAAGAUUAAACAUGGCACUAUGAUCUCCCAAGUCUCGACUGACCUUCCAUUAGCAAAAGACGAUUCUAUAAUCGGCUUUCAAAAGAAAGAUCUGAUCAGUCUCGACAUGCCACAUAAUGACGCCCUUGUCAUCAGCAUUCAAAUCGCUCAGGCCAUGGUCAACCGAAUCCAUGCAGACGAGGGCAGCGCAACCAAUAUCCGACAACUGGCGGUCAUCUAG